AUGCCUCCUCGAGCGCCUGUGUCAUCGCUGUCAGGCUGGCGAUGCCCACAGUGUACUAUCAGAUCCUUCGCAACGACAUCCCGGCAACAGGCUGUUGGACCAGAACAUCCACGAUACAUCGAAGUCCCUGAACCACCACAGCAGCAUGUCCCAUACAAGCCUCCGGUCAAAGGUGUCCUCCCAGUCCCUCGAGAUGUCUUUGCUGGAACGUAUAAGACCAAGAGCGACGAAGAAGUCAUAGCAGCAUCUACCAAAAAGUCUCUAAAACAGAAAGUCUACGCCAAGGGCAGUAGGGAGGAGUGGAAGGCCAAAAUGAGCGAAGUCAGGAAGCAGAACCUAAGGGAAGGUGUCACAAGUCUGCGAUCUCGUCAGCUGAGUGAGAGCAGGAGGCUACGUGAGAAGUCGCUGGCAAAUCAAGCCGCACGUGAGGCGGCACUCCAUCGGCCAGAACGCGAGGACGAACGCCUCACAGCACCAUCGACGAAUUUCGACCUGGAAGCUCUAUUUGGCAAGCAAGUGCCAGAUCCUACUCGCGAGCAGCGGAUAGCCAUGAAGAGAGAGAACGUGGCGCGUCACGAGGAAGCGAAACGCGCAGAACGAUUGGACGCGAUACACACCCUUUACAUGAACGCGAGAGAUUUCAUCGUCACACCUCAGCAGCUCGAUAAGGCUGUUGAUGAGGCCUUCGGUACAGAGCAAGAGCCGGUUACGUUCGGCGUCAGCCAAUACUACAACAACGAUGCUGCUGCAAGAUCCAUCUGGGCAGAGGGCAGGCCUGAGAAGGUGCAGGAUAUGCUCAACAGAGCCAAUGGCCUCAAGCCUAGAACUGCAAUGGACAGUUCUAGCGGAUUGGGCGAUGUCAACAAGGACAGGAUCAGGAGGAUUGCGGAGAUGUUUACUGGUGGCAAGAUGGAGAGCGCAGAGAGGAGACAAUGA